CCCAUGGUGCCUGCUGCGGCUCUCCUUGGGGAUGGCAGCAUGAGAGGGAUGCUCUUGGUGCUGUUCUACGUCUCCCGCACUUCUGCCAGUUGUGGCAUCCAGAAAGCCAACAUUGUGGAAACUUCCGAGGAGGGCCUGGUGGAAGACGAGGAGUUCCCGUGGGUGGUGUCGCUGCAGGAUUCCCAGUACAGCCACCUGGCUUUCGGCAGCAUCCUCAGUGACUUCUGGAUCCUCAGCAUUGCAUCCCCCUUUCAGAACAGGAAGGAUGCUGUCGCUAUAGUUGGUAUAGCGGAGAUGGAUGCAAAACUGAUUGCUCACGAAGAGUAUCCAGUCAACACCAUCAUCAUCUAUGAGGACUUCGAUAAUAAAACAAUGAAAAAUAACAUAGCCCUCCUGAAGACAGACACAGCGAUGCGGUUCAACAACCUGGUCCGGCCUAUCUGCUUCCUCGGCAGAAAGCUGCACUUGCCACCAGCCUUGCAGAACUGCUGGGUGGCAGGAUGGAAUCCCACAACUGCAACGGGAAAUCACAUGACGAUGAGUAUCCUGAGGAAAAUCUCCGUGAAAGACAUCGACUUGUGUCCCUUAAACAAAAUUGAGAAAACAGGAUGUGGCCAUCACAUAGAGAUGGAAACCGAUGCCGUCUGCUUGGGGGACCCAGGGAACCCAAUGAUGUGUCAGCUGCAGGAGCUGAAUCUGUGGGUGCUGAGAGGAAUCCUGUCCCACGGCGGUGAGAAAUGCCCCGGUGUCUUCCUGUACAUCAGGGUGGAAGACUACAGCAAGUGGAUCACGUCCAAGACCAAGAAGACCAGCCCGCCCCUGUCUUCCUUCCACCACUGGGAGAACCCGAUUCCCUCCCCCAGCCACUCAUCACAUGAUGUUGUGACACAGAAAAAACAUGCCAGGCUGAGCCAGGUUGGACGGUCCCAACCACACUUCCAAGGACAGAAAAGGGCCACCAUGCAUUCACGGCCAGCAAAUGGCGCUCAAGUGAGUCUAGACUUUAGGGAAAAGGGUCUGACGGAGUCAGACCGGUCUGAGAUGGCCAUCCAGCCCAUGUACUAUGACUACUACGGUAGGGAGGCUGGGGACAGUGUGUCUCUAUCAGGCCAGAACAGGUUACAUCAGCCCCAAGAAAUUACCUUCUUUUUCUUUGUGCUUGUUUUCUUUGGUAACGGUAUCUUAGUCUAG